AUGGAGUUUGAUUCAGAUAUUCCCAAUAUUCCAGACUAUAGAUUGUCGGAGAAACAAUUUCUUCUCGCCAAUGCCAGUGAUAAUACCACUAGAGGUGAAAUCUUCAACGAUUUAAUUGAAAGUAUCAAAGCCGAAAAUUUAGCUCCUUAUUAUAAAUAUUUGAGUGAAGAAUAUAGUGAUUUCCCUUAUGAAGAAUCAGUUUAUCAAACUAUGGCGAAAGUUAACGAGAAAGAAAUUGAAGAGAUGAAAGCUAAAGUGAAAGAAGCUGAAGGAGAAGAAGAAACUGAAUUAGAUCCUGUUGUCACUAAUAUAAAAUUGGCCGAAUAUUACACUAAGAUUGUAGAUAAAAAGAACGCUACUGAAGUUUAUAAGAAAGCCUUGGAAUUGGGUCAACUGACAGGUUCAAAAAUCGAUAUCUUAUUGACUUUAACCAGGUUAGAAUUCUUUUUCAGUAACUAUUCCGAAGCAUCUAAAUAUUUGGAACAAGCUAAAACUUUAAGUGAUAAAGGAGGUGAUUGGGAAAGAAGAAAUCGUUUCAAAACUUAUAAUGGAAUAUAUUUAAUGGCCACCAGAAAUUUUAGUGAGGCUUCCAAAUUAUUAAUUGAUUCAUUAGCAACUUUCACAUCAAAUGAAUUAUGUAGUUAUGAACAAAUUGCACAAUAUUCCAUCAUAACUGGGGUAUUAUCUUUAGAUAGAGUUGAUUUAAAACAGAAAAUUAUUGAUUCACCUGAAAUAUUGUCGAUUUAUUCUUCAGCCAAAAAUUUAGAACCUUUAAUCAAUUUGACUAAUUGUUUAUACACUUGUCAAUAUAAUUACUUAUUAAAUUAUUUAUUGGAAACCAAUGAUACUUUAUUAAUCACCAACAAAUAUUUGAAUCAACAUUCCAACUAUUUCAUGAGAGAAAUGAGAUGUAAAGCUUAUAAUCAAUUAUUAGAAAGUUACAAAUCAUUAUCAUUGAAAUCCAUGGCCAAAAGUUUCAACGUUUCAGUGGAAUUUUUGGAUAAUGAUUUAUGUAAGUUCAUCCCAAAUAAGAAAUUAAAUUGUACAAUUGACAAGGUGAAUGGAAUCAUUGAAACUAAUAGACCUGAUAAUAAAAAUAGUCAAUAUCAUUUAUUAAUAAAACAAGGGGAUAAUUUAUUGACUAAAUUACAAAAAUAUGCUGCUGCUGUCAAAUUAAGCGGUGCUGAAAGAGUAAAUUAA